GUUAAAUCAAACCAUGGAAAAAAUUGAUUGUAAACCAACUAAUACUACCAGAUUAUCGAGAGCCAAUGAUUGUUGAUCCGAGCAGAACAAAGUCACGAUGAUGAAGAGAGCCGCUUAAGGUUAGUGGUAAAUCACCCAUCUCGAAAACCAGAAGAUCUGAGGCAAGCAACGAAUUGGUUUCUCUGAUAAAGAGUGAACAUCAAGCGUAUCUUUGGGUUUCGAAUGAGGGCGGCUUGUGUUCUUUUGGCAUUUUGCUUUUUUGUUUUUGGAGGAGGAGCUUCUAAAUUGGCUUCCCCUAAGAAUCCAGAGGAGGUAGUCCGAUUCCCAUUGAACAGGAAACCUAGGAUUUUACUCCAGUUGGCCCCUCAUGUUUCUCACAAGAUUAAGCUAACUGUGACCGGAGGUUGUGCAAACGCAUCCGGUGACUACAAGUGGCUUAGCUCAGACGUGACGGUUGUGGCUGUGUCAUCCUAUGGGGUUAUCCAGGCAAAGAGCCCUGGAAUAUCCACUGUCAAGGCUGUGUCGACUUGUGAUCCUCUGAAUUUUGAUGAGAUUGUUGUAAAAGUUUUCGCAAGUCAGGAUCUCUGCUAUGACAUGGAUGGUAUGGAGCCCAUGGUGGACAAUGACCAACCGGAGGCAAGCUAUUUCUCCAAGCCAAAACAUAAAACGAGGCAAUGCCUUAACUUGAUCGUCCUAGUAUCAUAUCUCGCUCCUGUUACCAUUUUUAUAUUAUACAAUGAUUGUUUAAAAAAGCAUAAUAAUCAGUACUCUAAAAAGCGGUACAGGCGAUCGCUUAGGCGGCGAUAGCCACAGACCUGACGAUCAUUUUCCCUAGUUCGU